AUGAGCAUGACAACACUGUCAAUGAAACAACGGUUUCGUUUGGGUCUGUUGGGGUUUCUGUUUAUGAUUGCCAUUGGCCAGCUCUACAAGCAAGGCGUCAAUUUGACAUUGAGAGCGCAGUUGUUCCGAACUGACAAUGGCAACGGCAAGAACUGUGCAAAUUCCUCUGCUACUUCUGAUAGUACUAGUAGUAGUACGACUUCUCCAGCCACACAACAACAACUAGAAGAAGAAGAUCCAACGUACACUUUGGUAGUGGUCCACUGCAAGGUGAACAUGACAUGGCUCGAUCAAGUACCCUCCGAUUGGCGUAUCGUCGUCUACGAAAAGUGCGGACAAGACGCCCUCCAAGAUACCCAUCAGUUUCCCAACACAGUCGUAAAACAGCACAGACCGAUCAAUGCUGGACCGGAAGAAUGCAAUGGCUAUUUUGAUUACAUGCACGAUUACUACAAUGAUUUGACUACCGUCAAUGUCUUUGUCCACGACGAUGCCCUGCUGCCCUUUUCUCGGUAUAAACGCGAGGAAGCUCACACCAUGUUUGAGACAUUUGAACCCAUUGUUAAUGUCACCCAACAAUUUGUCACUCCACAACAACCGUUUGUCCAUUUGGGAGGACGAGAAUUGCAGGAACAAUGGGGUAUGGACAAUUACGAUGGAUAUGCCAUGAAGAUUCUAUGGCCCUACUUUGCCAUUCCCAACAACAACACCACUACUACCAAUAACAAAAAACUGACAUUGCCGGCACCACCCUUCAAAGUCACGUUCAAACCCAGUGCUCAUUUUGCCGUACACAAACAAGAAAUACUAAAACGACCACAAUCUACCUAUUGGGCCAUGCUGCAGCAAAUGAGAUUUGCCAAUAGUAUUACCGACUCCAAUCGUGGUGACCCGUAUCCCGAUGCCAGGAAACUCUGUUGUGCCAUGGAACGAACAUUGCAUUUGUUUUUUGGACAACCCGCCAUUCUCCCCAAACGGGCCAUGGCCACGGAUUUACUCAACAUGACAGAAUGUUUUCUCUGCAACAUUUAUGCCACGGUCAAUGAGGAUCAUGCGAGAGAUCAGCAGCAGCAGCGAAAACUACUGCUACAACAACAAUAG